AUGCCGCCGCAAAUUAAACAGGAUCUCAAUCGCUCGGGCUGGGAGUCGACCGACUUUCCUUCCGUGUGCGAGAACUGUCUGCCCGAAAACCCAUACGUCCAGAUGCUCAAAGAAGACUACGGCGCAGAAUGCAAAUUGUGUACGCGACCCUUUACCAUCUUCAGCUGGAGUGCGACGCGCGCCCAGGGACGCAAGAAGCGCACAGCCAUAUGUUUGACAUGCGCGCGGCUAAAGAACUGCUGCCAGAGCUGCAUGCUUGACCUGUCCUUUGGACUGCCUAUCGCUAUCCGUGAUGCUGCUCUCAAGAUGGUCGCCCCGGGACCGCAGUCAGACGUGAACCGCGAGUACUACGCUCAAAAUAACGAGAAACUCAUCGAAGAGGGUCUGGGUACUGAAGAAUACGAAAAGACGGAUGAGAAAGCCCGUGAGCUGUUGGGGCGUCUGGCGCAGAGCAAGCCCUACUUUCGCAAAGGUCGCGCCAUCAGUGAGGCCGAGGUCGAGGCUGACAGGAGGUCGUCAGCGCACGGGAACCCCGCCGUGGGUGCUGGUAUGGGGGGUCCAGGACCUAUCCGCACACGCGACACCAAGGCGGCCAACGCUGCGGGCGCCAAGACAAGGUCCAAGAGCCGGCAGGCAUUCCCUAGUGCUGCCCAGCUGCCCCCGUCACCCCGCGACUGGAUCCCCCCAGCGGACAAGAACAUCAUGUCUCUCUUCGUCACGGGCGUGGAGGAUGAUCUGCCCGAAUACAAGAUUCGCGACUUUUUCAAGGUCCAUGGAAAGAUCAAGAGCCUUGUGUGUUCACACAUGUCGCACUGCGCUUUUGUCAACUACGAGACUCGCGAGGCCGCCGAGAAGGCUGCCGCCGCCUGCCAGGGCCGUGCUCUGAUUUCCGGCUGCCCUCUCCGCAUACGGUGGGGUCAGCCCAAGGCCAUCGGCACUAUGGACAAGCAAGGACGCGCAGAGAUGCUGCGCGAUGCCAGGGUGGGCCUUGCAAAGAAGAGGCAAAAUCAGCAGCAGCAACGGGCCGUCGAAGGAGGUCUACCCCAAGACGCUAGAGCUUCAAAUACCCUGGCAGAACCUGCCGUCGCUCUCCCUCCUGGAGCCGAGGAUACACCAAAGUAUGCUAGCCUCUCUGGGGACUAG